GGAUAUAUCAUAGAGUCUUAUCAUGUGUUUGAAGUCCGAUUCCUAUUCCAAAUACAUAGUGGCAAUGUCUUCAACAUAUUAAGAUAAAUCAAAGUGAAGAUUUCCCAAGUAAUUUACGCGGUGCGCUUUGCAGACAAGCUCCACAACUUGCAGUCUAUAGAGAGUUUGUGUUGGAGUCUUAUUUUAAAUGUUAAAGCAUUCGGACGCUAAGCCUAUGACACCUCUAGUGAGCUCGAACCGGUGCUGCAGAUGGGCGGCAUAGGCAGGAAUUUGUAUCUCAAUAUGUUGAAUGGAACAGACGCGCAAAGUUUCGCCAAAGACGCAGAAUUGAACAGCCACCUGCACCGAAACCGCGACUUACCGGACUUCAAAAUGGGCAUCCAAGACACAAGGUUUUACUACCAGGACUCGAUUCCAAAUGGACAAGACAGUUUGACGUUGCCGUUCCACGCAGAACACCACCAAAGCGCCGGAGCGCAGACGGGGAGGUUUUACGCACCCGCUCCGCUCGGUAGCUGUCACUUCACAAGCCGGAGCGGGACGGGACAUACUUACGUUCCAGCCGGAGCCGAUGCGUAUUCUUCAGCCAACGGUAAAGACGUGUUCCCGAGCAGCGCAGACGGCUACCCGGCGUCUUUUCAGCACGGGUAUCCACGAGCACCGAUGUACUCUUUACCUGGUGUACAGGUGUCUGGGAAGACUCAAGUGCUCCUCAACAACUACCCGCUGUGGGCAAAGUUCCACAAGUACCAGACAGAGAUGAUCAUAACGAAACAAGGACGGAGGAUGUUCCCUUUUCUCAGCUUUAACAUCAGCUCAUUGGACCCCUCGGCUCAUUAUAACAUAUACGUGGAUGUGGUUCUUGCAGACCAGCAUCACUGGAGGUACCAAGGAGGCAAAUGGGUCCAGUGCGGCAAGGCAGAAGGCAACAUGCCAGGAAACAGAACGUAUAUGCACCCAGACUCUCCCAACACUGGGAAUCAUUGGAUGAGACAGGAAGUUUCCUUUGGCAAACUGAAACUUACCAAUAACAAAGGCAGCCCUAACAAUGUAGCACAGAUGAUAGUGCUGCAGUCGCUCCAUAAAUACCAACCACGUCUUCACAUCGUGGAGGUGAAAGAGGAUGGAACGGAGGACCCCUUUCUGACCUCGAAAACUCAGACGUUUGUCUUCCCUGAGACUCAGUUUAUUGCCGUCACUGCCUACCAGAAUGCAGAUAUCACUCAGCUGAAAAUAGAUCAUAACCCUUUUGCUAAAGGUUUCCGGGACAAUUAUGACACGCUCUAUGCACCUGCUGACUCAGACCGCCUUACGCCAUCCCCAACCGAGAGCCAGCAGCUCCUCCCAGGCAGUUGUUACCCUCACCAGUCAUACCUGUCUGAUCAAUACAUGAGCCCCCUGCCUCAGAGUCGUUUCUACAGCCGCGAGCCGGUCAGCAUGACCCAGCAGUGCCCCAAAGACCCUGCCACCAACUCUCACAGCCGCUUUUACCUGCCCAGCCAGCAGGGGGUGCCGCCGAACCGCCUCGACUUCAAUGCAUACGAGAGCGAAUACACUUCCAACAACCUCUACAAGCCAUUUCCAAUUCAGACGUCCCCACACCACCCUCUUGGCUACUACUCUGAAAGCCCCUUCGCUCCCGGGCCGGUUUCUGGUGCCAACACAGGAGUGUGGAGCUCAGGACGGCCCUCAACGCAGUACCUUAAUCACCCACACCACAGUAAACCCGGAUCUAGUCUCGGCUGGUUGCGAACCAUCUCAUCCCCAGCCGCGUCUUCAUCUCCCUCAGCGGUGAACUCACGCUUCCAUUCCUCCCCGUCGCUCCUGGAUCUCCAGCGCCAGCCGCUGCUCCAAGACAAGUCCAAAGAGUCCGGGGAGGACGCCUGGAUGGAAGCCCCCUCGGUUAAAUCAGUGGACUCAGUUGACUCAGGUUUGUUCGAGGGAGGAGAGAGCAAGAAGAGGCGCGUGUCGCCUUACACGUCCAGCACAGAAAAUUCCCCUCCCAACCGCAGCGCAGAGGCUUGUGAAAAGGACAAUUGCAGUGACGCGGGCUACUACGGCUUCUACACCCACUGAAGACUAACACUUAGACUGUGCUCCUGCUGUCUUCCACCCACCGUCUGUCUGCAUGGCCUGAGACGCAGGGAUCGAGCUCUCUGUGAUAGUAGCUACAGUGCCAUGUGUUAGGUGGCCCUUCUGUGCUUUGUGUUCCCUGUGUUAGAUGUUUGGGGGUCAUGUGGAGGUGUUCUGAAGGUCAUUGUCACACAAAAGAUGAAGACGAUGUGACUGUGCUGAGACACUGGCCUGGAGACACACAGACAGACAGACCUGUGUGACUUUAGCAGCUGAAGAUUUCACAGCACACCUGCUGACACUCCCCCAAAGGAACUGUCUCUGUCCCCCUCAUCAGCCACAGACUUGAAAACACCUCACAAAACUCACGCACCACAAGCACGCUCAAACAAACAAUCAAAUUGUUUUCAUCACAUUCACAUCUAUCUUGAAAAACAUGGACUUAGAGGUAUAGUUUACCUAAAAAUCAAAAGCCGUCAUUAACUCUCCCUCAUGUAAUUUCAAACCUGUUUGACUUUCACAAAGAAGGCAGUUUUAAUAAAUUACAACAAGGUGCUUUCAAGCUUCAAAAUCACUAUAAAAAUUGUCAAGUCAUCUAAAGCUUUAUGAUAGCUUUGGAUGAGAAAAGAUGUGAAAUUUAAUUGAUUCGGACAUUGCUUGUUCUCUCAUGAACACACCAAAAGAAAAGUCUGUUUCUCUUACUGUACAUUUCAAUUUUCACUCAGAAAUGGCUAGUAAAUUUCACAAAUAAUUACAAUGAAGCAAUAAGUAGCAGAUUGAACUAAACAUGACAUUUUAAGUAGAAAGACUGAAACUGUAUUCAUAACUUCAAAAACACCCGGAGUGUUGCACACAAAUCCUUUAAUUGGUCUCUAAAUGACAUGACAUGAAUCGACUUGCUUAAGAUGUGAUGCUGUGGACCUGUAAGCAUGUGCUGAUAUAUAACAUCUUCAGAUCGGUUAGUGUGACAUAGUUGUUAUUUGAUGGAUGAUCUCAUUGGAAAUAACAUCAGAAAUUUACAUAUUAAGCAGAAGAUUUAUAUUUAAACAGAGUAAUGUUGCAUGCACUUGAGUGCUGCAUAACAAGUUAGCGCAAUACAGAUUUAAUGCAUUGCGCACUUGAAUGUGAGACUUUAUUACAGUGCAACAUUUCUGUGUCCAGUCAAUCCUAAAAUGCACCCCUACAGGGAGCACAAUCAAUAAGCACAUUAAAGUCCAGGCCACUCAGACAACACAUGCUGGAAAUAAAAUAGCCAUGAUGUCUAACAGACCAUGGCUGUAUGCACCAGCUGGAAUUCCAUCCUUUAAUAGAUAGACAUAAUAAAGCUUGACAGAAUGUGGUGAGUUAUUAUAUACAGUAUGCGGAUAUAUUAAGUAUUAAUUCAAAAUUGAAGAGGACUAAUAUAUAUAUAUAUAUA